AUGGAGCAUCCCCUUUGGAAACACGUCCUGCCUUUGAUGCUGUCCCGUGAAUUCAGCAGAGGCUGGUGGAAGACAUGGAGCCAUAGAGCGCGGAGGGAGGGACAGACAGAGGGAUGCAGAGAGGGAGAGACAGGGGGACGGAGGGAGCGUUGGACGAAGCACGGCUGCCCCAGCACGGAGGCUGUCUGUCCCUGGUGCCGGCCAGGCCCCAGCUGCGUGUCACUAACCGGGCCUUGGCCUCUUUCGUCCCUAGCCCUGGCCGGGAGCCCGCUGACCCAGCAGGGCUGUGCCGAGGGUCCAACGUUCUGGUGCCGGAGCCUGGCGACGGCUGUGCGGUGCGGCGCGGUGCAGAUCUGUGCCCAGGCCGGGUGGAACCAGGCUGCUAAGGAGGACAUGUGCGCGGACUGCGGGCAAAUCAUCACCAUCCUGACCCGCAUGGCCAAGGAUUCAGCCUUCAAGGAAGGCAUCCAGAAGUACCUGACCCACGAGUGCACCCUGCUGCCCCUGCACACCCUGGUGCCACACUGCCAGAAGGUGGUGGACACGUACUUCACCCUCUUCAUCGCCUGCCUGGAGGGGCAGAUUAAACCCGCCUCCAUCUGCGGCAGCCUGGGCCUGUGCCCCACGGACCCAUUGCAGGACCAGAGCCAGGACAAGUGUAUUCUCCAGCUGCUGCAAGGUCUCCACCUGUAUCUUCCCGAUGGUCAGACCCAGGGAGGCCACAGCAAGGACCUGCCGUUCCCGCUCCCGCUGUGCUGGAUGUGCCGCUCCUUCGUCGGCCGGAUAGAAUCCACCAUCCCCAAGGGGGCCAUCGCCAAGUCCAUGUCACAGCUCUGCCGUCUCUUGCCGGGCACCAUCGGUGGCAUGUGCCAGCACGUGAUGGAGAAAUACACCACCACUGUGCUGGACCUGAUCCUAGACAAGCUGGGCCCACGGCUGAUCUGCGGGAUGCUCCUCAUGUGCGCCACGGGGGAGAACGGUGGCCCGGACCCACCCUUGGUGCCGCUCCUUGCCCAGAGCGCCGAGUGCCAGGCCUGCGUUGCUGUCCUGGGCCUGGCGAAGUCGGCCGUGCAGGCGAACAGCACUGUGGCAGACGUGGAGGUGGCUCUGGUCAGGGCCUGCAGUGGUGCCCACCAGGGCUGGCAGGAGUGCAAGAGCUUCAUGGAGCAGCACUGGCCCCAGCUGCUGACCUUGCUGCCAAAGGCCUGGGACCCCCAGAGCACGUGCCAGGAACUGGGCGCGUGUGAGGCUGGGACGGGCCCUGCUCCUGGACCCGAGGGCUGCAUGCUGGGACCAGCCUACUGGUGCUCCAGCCUGGAGACUGCCAAGCAGUGCCAGGCCGUGCAGCACUGCCAGGCCCACGGCUGGGCAUAGCUGGAGACACACCAGGCUGCUGAGCCAACUCUCCCCUGCCUGCAGCCAGCCCAGCCCCUCCCUCUCCUCCACCCAGGCAGCCUCCACUUUCAAUCUCAC